GGAAGUUGUCGGAAUAUCUUUGACAAUGGAUUCUCUGGAGUAGUGGGGGAUCCGAUGCCAUAAUGCGUCACUUCCUGCGUCCUUGUUUCGUCGUUGUUGAGGCAUAGUAUACAAGAGAAAACAAAAAUGGCUGACAAUGAUGAUCUUCUUGACUAUGAAGAUGAGGAACAGCCUGAACAGACUGUGAUUGAUGGAUCUGGUGAUGCUACUACAAAGAAAGAAGUAAAGGGGACUUACGUCUCCAUCCACAGUUCUGGUUUCCGUGAUUUUCUUCUUAAACCGGAAAUUUUACGGGCUAUUGUUGAUUGUGGCUUUGAACAUCCUUCAGAAGUGCAACAUGAGUGUAUUCCGCAGGCUGUACUUGGGAUGGACAUUUUAUGUCAGGCCAAGUCAGGUAUGGGAAAAACAGCAGUGUUUGUACUGGCAACGUUGCAACAGUUGGAACCUGCAGAAAACCAGGUGUAUGUACUUGUGAUGUGCCACACACGUGAACUGGCAUUCCAGAUUAGCAAGGAAUAUGAAAGAUUCUCAAAAUACAUGCCACAGACUAAGGUGGGAGUGUUCUUUGGUGGCUUGCCAAUUCAGAAGGACGAGGAGGUGUUGAAGAGCAGUUGCCCACAUAUUGUGGUUGGGACUCCGGGUCGAAUCCUAGCCCUCGUUCGCUCCAAGAAGCUGAAUUUGAAACAUUUGAAGCAUUUUAUUCUGGAUGAAUGUGAUAAAAUGCUUGAACUUCUUGACAUGAGACGUGAUGUACAGGAAAUAUUUCGCAACACACCGCAUGGGAAGCAAGUAAUGAUGUUCAGCGCUACAUUGAGCAAGGAAAUUCGCCCAGUCUGCAAGAAAUUCAUGCAAGAUCCAAUGGAGGUGUAUGUGGAUGACGAAGCCAAAUUGACUCUCCAUGGUUUGCAGCAGCACUACGUCAAGUUGAAGGAAAAUGAGAAGAACAAAAAGCUUUUUGAGUUGCUUGACAUUUUAGAGUUUAAUCAGGUUGUGAUCUUUGUUAAAUCUGUUCAACGGUGCAUGGCUCUUGCUCAGCUUCUCAUUGAGCAGAACUUCCCAGCCAUUGCUAUUCAUCGAGGGAUGGGACAAGAGGAGAGGUUGUCCAGGUAUCAGCAGUUCAAAGAUUUCCAGAAGCGAAUUCUGGUCGCAACAAACUUAUUUGGACGUGGUAUGGAUAUUGAAAGAGUUAAUAUUGUGUUUAACUAUGACAUGCCAGAGGAUUCUGACACAUACUUGCAUAGAGUAGCAAGAGCAGGACGAUUUGGUACUAAGGGUCUGGCUAUUACACUUGUAAGUGAUGAAGGUGAUGCCAAGAUAUUGAAUGAAGUCCAGGAUCGUUUCGAUGUCAACAUCACAGAGUUGCCAGAUGAGAUAGACUUGUCUUCUUAUAUUGAAGGGCGGUAAUGAGAUUGAAGAUUGGCAUUAACUUCACGUAUCUGUUAAAAUCACUGUGUGGUUGAAUGUAAGGGGGAAAGCUCAGGCCCUGCAGGCUCUGUUCAUGAAUGUUACCACGUGGAUGUGUAAGCUGGGGUUCUACCCAUCGUUCCCUGUUUGUAUUGAAAAGUCAUUCAUGUGAAAGCAAAUUUAUUUGUCUUUCAUGCAUAAUCUUUUAUCAAGAAUUCAUGUGAUUGAUAUUGACGUGCAUUUAUGUAAUAUUUGCUUCUCUAAGUGGACUUGCAUAAUGGCUAAAUAGUUGUAGGUCAGUAAAAUAAAAUAAUUUGUAACACUGUUUUUAUUCCUUAACGCUAGUACAAAAUGAAAUGUGUGAAAAUUG